CAGUUAUACGCAAGUUUUCGCUGGGACUGGCAGCAACCAAUUUCUAUCUUCCUAUAUGCAUGUGUGAAUGCGCUCUAUUUGUGUUACUAUCUAACACUAUUAGUGCUAAGUGAUUUUAAAAUAAAAAACUAAUUUGUGGCAACUGUAACCUUUUUGUUUGUUUAUUUUUUAUUAGGAUCUGUGCUAUCAGCGCUUAUCGGAAGUUUGAGGAUUAUAAAUUAAUUGUUAUUAAUAUCCACACAUACGAAUAAAAAAGAAAGUUGUAUAUCUAAUGAGGAGUGUUAGUUUUUGUGAAACGUUCCGAUUAAAUUUAAUAAGUGUUUACAAUAUUUAAAAGGCAAACGAACAUCUGUUGAAGGGUGUCACAAUAAGUGUUAGUUAUCAAACAAUUAAACUUUGUUGAUUUUAUUUGUGGAGAUUGGAUGAUCGAUUACAAAUUGAAUCAAGGAUAUUAUUCGAAGCAGCAAGGUAAUAAAAGUCGGCAGGAAUAAAUGUGGCAUAUUUUCCAAAUACGACUGAGAAGCCACAGCCCGAGUUUGGCACCAUGAAAUCGCCACCCACCGUCACGGACGAUUGCGAUGACAUCUUCGGACCUCCUAGAACGUACGCUACAGGCUAUUGUCCUCCGAAAAACCGACCGUCUAUGAUAUCGGCAAAGUACCGACAGAAGGAAGAGCGCAGAAAGGUUCUAAAAAUUAGUAUAAACAAGUUAAAGAAGAUCGAAGAUCCCGAGGCGAGUUUGUGCAGAUCCGUUCUAAUCAACAACACGAUGAAGCGCCUGCAAAAGGAGGCGAGGGACGAGAAGAUACAGAAACAGCAGCUUAAUUAUCCCAGGUGCUACGAUAAUGACAAUUUUUUAAAUAUCAAAAGUGAAUUCAUAAAAAACGAGCUUAAACAUACAACGCAUUUUGAAGAGGCACAGGAGAAUUUCUGUGCGCCCGAAUCGAAAAUAAUGGACAGUUUAGGGGCGGAUUUUGUGAUCGAGAACGACUUCGAAGGCAAAAUCGACGAGAUUAGUGCGCUGAAUUCGGACAGUGCGAAAAAUAUGGAAGUGCUUAACGGUUUAGUUGAGGAAAAUUUAAAUAGUCUCGGUGUUAAUGCAACAAACAACGUAACGCACGUGGACCCCACGAACGAUAGUGACCGGUUUUUGUGUAGGAAGCGAUCCUUUGAUGACAUGGAAGACUGUGACGUGCAAGACGUUCUUUCGCAAUUUUAUAUGCCACCAACCCCUAGGAUGUUAACGUGCAUCGACGAUGAUGAAGACGUGAACGUUGUAGACGACGAACCUUUACCAAAACGUGUUAAAAUCGACGAAAUUGUUGUGAACCAUUGUGUAUCGCGGCUUACAUCGGGUCACGACUCAAUAUCUACGUCCAUAGCUCAAUUCGAAUCAUCGAAUCUCGUCCAUUCCUAUGGCCAAAAUCAAGAUUCUUCCAGGAUGUGUGAAAGCAUGGAAGUCAGUACUUUAACGGACAAAAAAACAGACGAUUUUCGUGUAAAUAAUUUUAUUAACAAUAAUAUCACCGAAAGUAAUUCGAGGGUUAGGUAUAUGAGCUCUACGCAAAAUAUUGAAACGGACACAAAUUCUUACAGUUGCGGGCACGCAUCCAUGUUUAACGAACUACAAAGUAAUGUGUUUCAUAGUUUAAUUGCGUCAUUGGAAACGUAGCGUUUUAUAAACGACGUAUAGAUCAACAGAUUUUACUUUUGUGAUAACUUUUGUAUCAAAACGAGUUUAUAUAUUUAUUGUUACGAUGUUAUAAAUAUUCCACAAUAUGCCAUCUUCUUUUUGACUGAAGUCGUUGUGAUCAAUUCCUUUUUUCCAAAUUUUGUUUACGCCGCACUAGUUAACAUAAAAGAACAAUAAUUUCCAAUGGUUAAAAUGUGAAACUGCCUUUACUUAAAGAAGUUUAGUAAAACCAGGCUCUCUACUAGUUCGAUUCUUUUCCUAAGUAUUAACUACAAAUUCGAAUCUAUUCUGUCUAAGUAGGAGGUAGAGAGCACCACCAGGCUGUGAUAUGAUUAAAUAAUUGUACAUGUAAUUAGGACAUAAAGCGAAAUACCUUUUUUCUUUAUAGGUAUUCAUUAUAAAAGCUACAUAGAUUGCAAUAACAAUAACUUUGUAAAUUGUAUAUCUUAACUUAAUGCUUUUAGACAAUUUCAAGUGGAUAUUUCGAAACAAAUCCUUAGACAUGAAUAUCCAUAUUGAAAACAUACAAUUUUUGUA